AAAUUGUUUUAAAAAGCAAUUUUCUUAAUAUAUUUGUAGUACAUGCACUUGCUUCUCACAGUAGGGUAAUGAGAUUGAUAUUAAAACAAGACAGAGACUUUCAAAGCUGCUCAAUAACUACUUCAUUGAUGGACUGCUCACCUCAUUCUUUGCCUGGUUUAGGAAUUUGUCAAUGAAAGAUUGUGGGGGCUAAACAAGAUCAUUCAUGCCACUGGUGUAAUGGUCAGAUAGUUAAAAUAAUUCAGUUGUGCAGUCUGCUCCAAAUUAUUUUUUUUUAAAUACCCAUAUUAAAAUAACAUAAAUAUGAUAACAGUGUUAUUCUCCAUACCAUCGAACUGCUGUAUACUUAAAUGUUGAACUUGAGACAAAAGUAUUAUGUUGGUUGAUGUGCACUGUUUCCAUUCCUAUGACUUGCGGUAAAAGCAAAAAACAAAACAACAACAACAACAAAAACCCAACUGAUUCAAAUCAUGUUCUUUGGCACAGGGGUGUGGAUAGCAGCUUUUGCAGUAUGGAUUAAUUUUUCAAAUAAGCAGGCUGAUAGUAAUUGUUGGAAAUACCUUUCAUCAUCCUAUACAGCACUUCAUAGACAUAUGAGCGUCAAUGUUUGUAUGUGCGCGCGAGCCAUUGUAGAGAAUAGGUUGUCUAUAGAGCUGGGAUAUGACGCACUAUAACUUUAAUUAGUAACAAGGUCGUUUUGUGUGUGUGUGUACUCUCAUGUGUGUAGGAGAGAUGUAAAUGUGAUUGUGUAAUGAGGUGUCGCUUAUGUAUGUGAUGGUAAUAACUUUUUUAUGAGCAUUCUUUUAGAACACGAGAACAAGUUGUGGGUGUGCAUGUGUGCGCGCAAGCCUGCUGCAGCUGUUUGAUGUUGGACGCUUUAUAAAAUGCAGCAUAAGCGCGUAAUAUUAGCCAUCUUCGAUUUAAAAAUAGAAAACACUAGUUACUUCCCUUCGAGCUCUCGUUUUUAUUGAAAAUGAGAAAGACACACACUCACAACAUGGAGUCCAAGCAGGACACGUCUACGGUUUGCCUAUUUGAUGUGGAUGGUACUUUAACAAUGCCACGACAGAAAAUCGCUCCUGCUACAGAAAAUUUUCUUGAAAAACUUAAAGAACGUGUUUUGGUGGCCCUUGUUGGAGGAUCAGACAUCGGAAAAAUCGCUGAGCAAAUGGGUGGUGAUGAUGUUCACCAGAGGUAUAACUAUGUGUUCUCUGAGAAUGGUCUCAUGGCAUUCAAAGAUGGAAAGCUUAUAGCCCAACAGAACAUUCAACAGUUCAUUGGUGAAGAAACAUUACAGAAACUGAUCAACUUUUCUCUUCGUUACAUGUCAGAUUUGUGGCUGCCAUGCAAAAGAGGUACAUUUGUAGAAUUCAGGAGUGGGAUGAUCAAUCUGUGUCCAGUAGGCAGAAGCUGUUCUCAGGCUGAACGACUGCAGUUUGUUGAGUUUGAUCAGAAACACAACAUUCGUCAAAACUUUGUGGAGGCUCUGAAAAAAGAAUUCCCAGCAUCGGGUCUUGAAUUUGCCAUUGGUGGUCAGAUCAGCAUUGAUGUUUUCCCAACGGGAUGGGACAAACGAUUUUGCCUCCAGUUCCUUCAGGCAGAUAGUGUUAAAACCAUUCACUUCUUUGGAGACAAGACUGAUAAGGGUGGAAAUGACCACGAAAUUUAUGAAGAUAAUCGAACAAUAGGACACCGAGUCUCAGAUCCAGAGGACACUGUACAGCAGCUGACAAAUUUGUUUUUUGCUCAUUGAUGGACUUUCUACAUUAGUUGUUUAUAGGUAGCUCUGAAGGACCAUUUUCCGUUUUUUUUUUUAAAAACAUUUCAUUUUCAUUUCAGAUUUAUUUGCAGAUGAAUGUAGCCAUGUAAUGCAAUAAUUUGUGCACUGUGAUUUAUGCCUUUAAGUCAGUGAUGAGCAGGAAAGUGAAUCCCUGUUCCUGAAUGAAUAUAAAGAUCAGAAUGCAAGUUCACUAUAAUAUAUAUUGUUGAUAUUAAAACAGCAUCUUUAUCAACACCUUCUACUCUUAAAAAUUAUUGAGUAAGAAGAGAAGAAAUAUCUGUAAUGUUACACUCACAUGACAAGAUUGAUCAUAACUGUUAUAACUUUUGACAAGUAUAUUCAAUGCAAAAUAAGACUGCUUAACAAAAGUUUGUCUCUGUCAGCAGAUGGUACCUUCCAUAUUGAAUGCAGUGCGUCAGCAUUAUGCUAAUUUGUAUGACAAUAUUGGCAAUGUAAAAGAAUGUCAGUGAACAUAGGUAUAACUUCGCUGUGUACCGUGGGGUAUUUCAUGAUAAUACUGAAUGCUUUGGCACGUGUUUCUCCAUGUGUAUGUAACAUGCAUGUGUAUUAAUUGGCAUAAAUUAUGAAGGCUUAAACCAGAACACUUCAUUUAACAUACAUUCCAAUGAUUGGUCAAGUGUUAAUCUUAGGGGUCUUUGUUAAAAUAAGGUUGCUAGUUUUUAACCAGAGAAGGAAAAUGAAAUCUGGAGACAUUAAUUCGAGCAUAGUUGUCAAAGAAUUCAUUUAUUUGUGUCUUUUGUGACACAUGUGCCAUUUGAGUUGUUUGUGUCAUACAAGUUUUUUCCUUGUACAGAUGCUACCAUUAUUUAUUUUUCUGCAAUGCUUGUGGUGCAAGAGUUAAUGCUAAUAAUGUGAAAAGAGUUUUAAUUUAGCCACUGGAUAGAUAUAUUUUGUUUGAAUGAUGCAAAAAUUGUUUGAUACAAAGAACUAUUGAUUAGCUCAAAAUAAUUUUAAUUACAAACGAAAUUUCUUUUUAGUCUACAGAACUGGACUUGCAGAAGAUUUUUUGCCAGUAAUAGGUUUUAUAAUAACAACAAUUUAAUAAUGGCUAGUUGUCUUCACAUUAAUAUUCAUAUUGCCACACUCAAAUUUUCAGUAGUUU